UUUCGGUACUCUGUUGAUCGUAGAAUUCCACUAUUGAAUCGUUUGAACUAUAAAUUAAUUUUUAAAAAUGAAAGAAUUUUUAUUACCGACGAAACAGAUAUAUAAAAGCAUACUCGCAGUGAGCUAAACGUUGCCGUCAAUCUAUUAAAGAAACAAAACUUUUAAUACAAAAACUCAUUUUUUACUAUUUUUCCUUCUAAAUUCCAUGUAAUCUCAGAUUGAAUAAUCUUUUUUUAAGGUUAAAAAAAGCAAAAUUAAAAUAUAAAAGAAAUUACAAAAAAUAUUCUUAAUUUUUUCGUAUCCAUAGGUUAGAAAUACUUUUGACUCUUCAAAUUGCGCAUAAACUCAAGAUACGUAAAAUAACCGUUACAUGACUAACGAUCAGGAGAUUGUAAUUUAAAACAGUAAAAGUGAACUGUCAUUACAUAGCUGAAGGAUGGCUGCUAAUACAAAAUCUGUGUUUGGUUUCGAAUUGUUACAAAAAUUGGUUGACAAUGAUAUUUGUAAAAAGGAAGAUGUUAUUAUUUUAUUCGUACAUUGGUAUAUCAUAAAGUGUGGCUUUAAAUGUUUGGGUUAUGGAGAUUCCAAAUUAUUUGAUCCGUCUGAAAGUGGUUCAGAAUUGCUUCCAGAGAGAUGGAACAGAGGACCUAACUAUACGUUACGUUACUUGAUAGAUGGCAAAUUAUUUCUUUUGUAUGGAAUAAAAUCUGAUGAAGAUAUACUCAUUAAUUUAUUGAGAAUAGAUAAUAACAAUAUAGCAAAUGUACAAUUCCCUAUAGCACAAACUGUCGAUGAGCUUCAUGGUCCUUUAGAAGCGUUAAUACCUUCGUAUCUAGCAGUUAUGCAUACAAUUCGUAAAGAACUUUUGGAACCUAUAUUUCCUAUUGAUAGCGUAGACACAUCUACGCAAACGUCAACUUCUGAACGCCAACCUAGAGACGUUCCGCCAGAACCAUUAAGGGUUGAUCCACCUCAAAGACCUUUGAGCGUUUCGCAACCUUGGAAUCCUGAAGCAGACAUAAGAAGGGUAGGUUCAGCAGAUUUAGAUCCGCUUGGAAGAGGUAGAGGUGGCGGGAUGAUAUACGAUCCAUUUUCUCGUGUACCAUGGAUUAUGGAUCCAAGAGGAAUCGGUGGUUUAGGAGUACCUGGGAGAUUACCACCCGGAGCUGUCCCACCUGGAGCAAGAUUUGAUAUUUUCGGACCACCCGAUUUAAACGUUAUACCACGGCGACCACAAAAUCCUGACAACGACGAAUUGCCGCCUCCAGGAUACAAUGAUAUGUUUAUGUAAAAAAAAGGAAACCAAGUAUAAAAUUAUAUUAAUCGAAAGUUUUGUUGAAUGUUAUUCCGUUUCUUCAUUAAAUAAUGUCUUAUAAUAUUUUUAUAUUCGUCAAUUCGUAUACUUUUGUUAAUAAUAAUGACAAGUGUUGCAAAUAUAUUAUUUUAGAAUGUUGAUUGUAAACUA